AAAAUUCAAAAAGUCUAAUUAAAAUUUAAUGUUAUUAGAACUUUUAUUAUGUUUUUCUUUUCUUUCCUCCAACGAGAAAGAAGAGCAUAGGAAAUGCAGAAAGCAGGAGCUCUCUUGCCUGCUCCUCUUUUCCCACGAUCUUAUCUCUCUCUGUUUUUCUCCUACAGAAUCUAUACAUCAUUAGCUUGAAGCUCUAUUUCUCCGCUUCUGCUGUUGUCGAGAUCUAAUGACCGAUGGAUUUGCUCUCGCUUUCUCCCUCAGUGAAUGGCCGCUUAAUCUCCUGCAAAUGAAAGCAUGUGCUGUGAUUUGGAGUGGUUAAAGCUAGCACCGUCUCCAGCAGCGUCUUUAAUUUUGUCAAGCAACACUCCAACUCGAAACGGGAAGAUGAAUCACUUGACUGUGGAAACUGAAGAUAGUUUUGCAAACCUGCUUGACCUUGCAGCCAAUAAUGACGUUGAGCAUUUCAAAAGAUCAAUUGAACGUGAUCCUUCCUCUGUUGACGAGGUUGGACUGUGGUAUGGUCGCCAGAAGGGCUCAAAGCAAAUGGUCAACGAGCACCGGACACCUUUGAUGGUGGCUGCUACUUAUGGUAGCAUUGAUGUUAUCAGGGUGAUACUUUCAUCAUCUGAUGCAGAUAUUAAUCGAUCAUGUGGGCUUGACAAAAGCACAGCCCUUCAUUGCGCGGCAUCAGGUGGUGCUGUAAAUGCUGUUGAUGUGGUGAAACUACUUUUGGCAGCUGGCGCUGACCCUAAUGCUGUCGAUGCUGAUAGUCACUAUCCUGUUGAUGUUAUUGUGGUACCUCCCAGGCAUGCACAUUUGAAAAGUAUUCUUGAAGAACUUCUUCAAACAGAUUGUUCCAUGGCAGGGUGUGGUCUUAGGGUGGUAACGUCUACAACAAAUUCAAACUCUCCCCCUCCGUCAACUUCUCCAGAGAAUGGGUCUCCUUCUGCACUAGAGUUCCAUUUGAAGCUAAAGUUAAAGGAGGCCAACGCUUUAUCUGAGAAGAAAGAAUAUCCUGUUGAUCCAUCUCUUCCUGACAUCAAAAACAGCAUCUACUCAACUGAUGAGUUCCGAAUGUAUUCUUUCAAGGUUCGACCAUGUUCACGUGCAUAUUCACAUGAUUGGACUGAAUGCCCUUUUGUCCACCCAGGGGAAAAUGCUCGGAGAAGGGACCCGAGGAAAUUUCAUUAUAGUUGUGUCCCUUGUCCUGAUUUUCGGAAAGGAGCUUGCCGUCGAGGAGAUAUGUGUGAAUAUGCUCAUGGUGUUUUUGAGUGCUGGCUGCACCCAGCUCAGUAUCGGACCCGCCUUUGCAAGGAUGGGACCAGUUGUUCAAGAAGAGUUUGUUUCUUUGCCCAUACAGCUGAGGAACUUCGGCCUUUGUAUGUUUCAACUGGUUCUGCUGUUCCAUCACCACGCUCAAGCACAUCUUCUGCCAUGGAUUUUGCUGCAGCCAUGAGCAUGUUACCUGGCUCCCCUUCUUCAAUGUCUGUUAUGUCUCCUUCACCGUUCACCCCACCCAUGUCACCGUCUGCCACUGGCAUGUCACACUCUUCUGUUGCUUGGCCUCAACCUAAUGUUCCAAACCUGCAUCUGCCGGGAAGUAAUAUUCAUUCCAGUCGUUUGAGAUCUUCACUCAGUGCUAGAGAUAUCCCGGUGGAAGACUUUGACGUGUUGCCUGACUAUGAUAUUCAGCAGCACCAGCUUCUUAAUGAGAUGUCUUGCCUUUCCCAGCAAUCUAUGAAUUCUAAUAGCCUAAACCGAUCUGGUCGGAUGAAGACCCUGACCCCAUCAAAUCUUGAUGAUCUCUUUUCUGCUGAGAGUUCUUCCCCUCGGUUUGCUGAUCAAACAUUGAGUUCAGCUGUCUUUUCACCCAAACAUAAAUCAGCUCUCCUUAAUCAAUUUCAGCAGCAACAAAGCUUGCUUUCACCUGUGAAUACAAAUUUUUCUUCCAAGAAUGUUGAACACCCUUUGUUACAGGCCUCGUUCCAAACGUCAGGCAGGAUGUCUCCACGUAAUGUGGAACCUAUCUCACCGAUGAGCUCUAGGCUUUCUGUGCUAGCUCAACGUGAAAAGCAGCAGUUUCGUAGCCUUAGCUCUCGGGAUCUUGGCUCCAACUCUGCCGCUGCUGUUGCCGCUGCUUCUGGUUUCAAUGACAGUUCUUGGUCAGAAUGGGGAUCCACCAAUGGUAAAUUGGAUUGGGCCGUCAAUGCUGAUGAUUUGGGCAAGCUCCGCAGAUCAUCGUCGUUCGAGUUUGGUAGCAAUGGCGAGGAGCCGGAUUUAUCAUGGGUGCAGUCACUUGUGAAAGAAUCUCCAACUGAGAUUAAGGAGAAAUUGGGAACAGCUGUGUCAAGUGUUGCGGGGGGUGCAUACACUAGUGAGGGAUAGAAUUUGAGCACUCAAAUAUGAGCACUGGGCAACAUCCAGACGAGCUUUUGAAUCUUUAGGUUCAUGUUCUGGUCAUUUUUUCUUCUUGCGCCGUGAGAUAAGGUUCCAUUCUGAUGGAGCCUAAUGCCUAAGUUUGGUGCAUUUUUUAAGAAAUUUAUUCCUUCAUAUUUUUGUGGUAGGAAACAGAAAUUACCAAGGGUCAUUAGAGUUAAGUUCUUGGGAACUCCAAAUUGGCCCAGUUUUGGGGAUGAAAGUACAGGACGAUGCAUCUGAUAUUUCUCUCGUGGCAUGGAAUCCAGAAUUGUGGAUGCCACGGUGCCGGUAGAUUAGGGAAUAUUGGAAGGUUGAUCCAUUGGGUCAUGUAACUCAAUACGGUUUAUUGCUAUAUAUUUUUGUAACACUUGUUUUAACCGAAUACCUCUGAUACACCAACUCAGUAGUCUCUGAUUUAGAGGGGAAAUAUUAACAUAAUCAUUAUCAUUAUCUUGAGACAGGAAAGCUUAACAUAACCUGUGGUGCUGGGGGACCGUAAGGGUGGAGUCUGUCUGUUGGCCGGAAGGUACGAAGGAUUUUGUUGUAGUAAUGGAAUGACGGAAAUGCAUUUUCAGUCAAACUUCCAGUUGUUGCAGGAUGCAUUUAUACCAAAUCCGCUUCCACGUA